AUGUUUUUUAAAAUUGGGGUAGAUGGUAGAGAAAUUAAUGGAGUUAAACAAGUUGCAGUUGCAUUGGUUCCACUCAAUUUAAGAGAUGUGUUUCCAUCACAGGCUGUUUAUUCUGUGUUUUAUAUUGGGUUAUUUCAGAUGAAGGAAACAAAAGAAACAAUUGGAACGCUUCACGAUGAGAUUGAGCGUGUUUUGCAAAAACAAUAUUUUGGGAAGCAUCAAGUUUGCCUUUUUUAUGUUUCAGACAUGCAUAAUGUAGGCAUGACGUUCUCAUUUGAUUUAUGUCCCUAUUGUAUGGCUCAAACUAUUGUAGAUUUUGCAUCAACUCCACGCGACUCUCUUGACAGCCAGUUACCUUUUUCUCCGUCACAAACAAUACUAUGUGCUCUUCAUAUCAAACAGAGGCUAGUAGAGAAUGUUAUUGGUUAUAUGGCAUCAACAACUUACAAAUAUGAGAUUCAGAAAAAUAUACAAACAUUACAUGGAUUGGAAAUAUUUAAUUGGAAAGAGUUCCACGAACGAGUAUCGAAUUAUGGAAUUUCUCAAACCUCAGCACGAUCAUCAACCAAGUCAUGUAUGCUGUCGGAAGAUCAUUGUAACACUAUUUUACAAAAUAUAGAGAAAGUUGUUGAUAAUAUUGAACCAAGCACCAAACAAAAAUAUUUACAAAUUCUGAAAUUGUUGCGAAAUAUUAUCAUUAUUAUUGAAAUGCAUCAAGAUAAUGAAUAUAAUGACAAUGUAUUGACAGCAAAUAAGAUUGCGGAAUUGGACAAACUGAUAAUGCAAUUCUUAGUUGCGUGUUUUUCAAUAUGGACUCAAGGAAUUAAAGCUCAUUAUUUCCAUUUUAUAAUUCAUGUACCCUCAAUAAUGAGCUCUCUUUUCAAAGAAAAAUUAUCACUCUCGAUUUUGAGUAACCAGGGAUUCGAACGGUCUCAUUUAUUUCACCAUGCAGUGUUUAAUCGAAUUAUUAACAAUGGAGGAGGUCGUAUUCAAAUACACCCAACCAAACAAUUGCUAUUGUGA